AUAAAAUGCGCUGGGAGCGUUCGUGGCUCGGCGCUCACAUCUGGCCGGGGUUUGCUUUUACGCCUCUGUCCCGCUUUCUUCGUCUCUUCCUUUACUUUCCAGAAACCGCGCUUCCGCUUCUGGCCAGAGAGACCUUGGAGCCAAGGAGAUAAAGGUGCCGGGAGGGACGGCUGCUGCCCGCACCCCUGCCCCCGGCCCUUCUUCCCGGACGGCCUUCCUCCUUCCCGGUCUGCUCUUCCCGACCUGGCCCGGAGGAGGCUCCGCGCCGGGAGAUGCUCUAGGGGGCAGCUGGAGGACGCGGGCGCCCCGCUCCUGCUCCUGGACGACGGCCGGAGGGCACAGCAGGACGAUGGGCUCCCGGGGGCUGGGACUCCUGCUGACCAGCGGCCUGCUGCUGGCCUUUGCCUGGGGACCAGCGCUGGGCCGCACGCCACACGGGCAGCCGGAGCAGGAGGAGCCGGAGGCCACCAAGGAGCCGUCACCACCGCCGGACCACACAGAGAGGGAUGAAGAAAAACACGAAAAAUACAGCCCAGGGCCGGGCGAGGAGCCCCCUGCUUCCCGGUGCUUUCGCUGCUGUGACCCCAGCCCGCCGGUGUACCCCACAAUCCCCGCACCCCAGAUCAACAUCACCAUCCUGAAAGGUCAGAGCCUUCCUUCCUGGAGCCUGAUGGUGCUCAGUCUGGCCAACCCCCCAGCCUGCGGGCAGCACAUCCGCCUGGAGGGCAUCUGCUGGCCAGGCCGCUGGCUGUCCGUGGGCGUGCGGUGA